AUGGAGAACAUUCGAAGGGAUGUCGAGACUGCCAGCCACGCCUGCGAGUGCUACAUCAACACGGCCGAAAUAAUGAAAGGGCGGUGGCAGGAGGACCCCGGAGAGUGUCUGCGUAAUUGCAAAGCGCAGUUUUUACGGACAGUGGCGAAGGGCUGGCAGGGGAACAACGGAUGGGUUGAAGGGUGCGGGGUUCUCAACCGAAACGUGCCAUUGCAGGAUUUCUGGUCGUUGUACUGGUGCGAUUCGGUCUUCUGCGGCGUGGGCAUAAAUCAGACAGGAGGGCUUGGGCAAGAUCGUGAGUAUGGCACCAAGUGCUUGUGGUGUCUCGGGCUAAGGAUUGCUUUAGCGACCGUCGACCUCAUCAUCAACACUUGUCAAAAUAUCGGCUUCUAUUCCUUCUCGCCCGGGGCCGCCGCCGUCGCCUUCGUGCCGUCGAACAAUCGCCGAGAUUUGUUCCGCCCCCGUCGGCGCCUCCCCGGCGCCGGGGCGGCCCCGAUCCGACCGUUGCCCGCGGCGCGGCUUCUCCCCGUUUGGGCGCACAGGUCCUCCGGCCGUGGUACUUCCGCCCGCUCCGUGCCCCUCCCGACUCUGUUCGUCCCCGCCCGCGGCGUCACGACAUCCGGGAGCAACCUCACAGGGCAAGGCAAGGCCGCGAUCGCGGUGUGUUCCGUCCUCGCCCUCAUCUUACUGGUAGCUUUCGUCCUGGUGUGCCUCCGGCGCCGGAAACGCCGCAAAGCCUCGUUCCACCGCGCCUUGCGUUCCCGGCGUGGGCUCCUCCCCGACGGCGCCCCGGCCGGCUCGCCCACUCCACUCAUCUCCCCCGCCAGCUCGGCCGUCGGCACCCGCGCAGUACUCACCCCCCCGCUCCGCCCUCGCGACCGCAAAUUCCUCCCCCUCCAUCUCCAACAGGAAGCCGCUCCCCAUCCCCCCCCCUCGGGCGGUGACCCCGGCCUACUGCCGAAAACCCGGGGAAAAACGGGAGGGGUACCACCACACCCCCCACCGCCCCCCACCCUCCCCGAACCCAACUUAAAUUUCUUCGCCCUCCCCAUCCCCAUCCCCGGCUCCCCCAGCUCCAGCACCUUCCCCCCACCCUACUCGCCCCCACACGGCUUAACCGACAACAGCGACCACAACCGCGCCAGCGGCAGCGCCAGCAGCUGUUACACCGGCGAGGAACGGCGUCGUCGAACGGCGCAUUCGUCGCUGAGGCAUCAUGAGAUUCCGAUUGCGAAUUCCGCUUUUUAUGAGUAUGGGACUGGUAGGAGUGAGAGUGGACUUGAAGCGACGCCCUCUAGCUCUGAUUCGGCGUCUUUGCCGAGUAGGCCGCCGAGGCCGCAUGAGAGGAUGUUGGAGGUUCCGGGGUUGGUGACGCCUGCUGUUGGUUAUGGGGGGAGUGGUGGUGCGGAGGGUGGAUAUGCGGGGGGUCAGGACCGGGGUUAUGAUUAUGGUCACGGUCAUGGUCACGGUCAUGGUCAUGGGAGCGGGUACGGUUACGGGGCUGGUGAUGUUAAGGGGGGUGUAGCGACGCCGCCGCCACCGCCGCCGCUGAGCCCACCGCCUACGAGGGCGUUACCUAAGACGCCACCGGCGAGUGUGUCGACCCCGCCGCCGCUGACACUGCCAGCAAGGGGGUCGGCUAGAGGGUCGCCUGCGCCGGGCUCCGUCUCACCGCCGCCAGGGGCGCUGGGGAGGAUAAGAGGAGAGGGGAAGGGUUCGCACCCUGGGCUGUUAGGGCUGCGAGGGCCUGCGGUCGCUUCUGCUGCGGGCACUGAUACGGGAUCGUCGUAUCGCCAUGAGCAUGGCAGGUUGCCGGGGUAUUCUUUUGCCCAGGAACCGCCUGCUAAUGAAACGGGAGGGAGGUCUCAGCGGCACCGGGAUUCAAGAGGAAGUUGGGGAAGCUGGAGCGGGGUUGGGACGGUGGUCGGCAGUGUUGACUACCAUGUCAGCAGUGCCGGCCACGUCAAUGCUAUGGCAGAGAGUGUGACGCCGGUGGGGGCAAGGGAAGGGAACAACACUGGUGCUAGAGAGCAGCAUGUCAGCCCCAGGACGAGCGUCAGUAGUGAUGUGACGGCGACCGGGGAUACGAUGGUGUCUGCGGUGUCGAGGAUGUCCAGUACGAGAGAUGAUAGUGUUGGAAGGGGGAUCUAA